GACGUCACCGGAAGUCCGUCUCUUACGUCAUUCGUGCGGCUUUUCGCCAAAUUGUACUGCAGCAGCUGCAGUCUUUUCACUGGCUGACUGAUAGGUCUGUCAGGUCCCAGCGCUACUUGGUGUAGCACUGCGUCAUGAACAACACUAGUGUUGCUAUCAGUAUGGUGUCCUCCUCUUCUGACACAGCCAGGCAUAUAUGCAGAAUCAGUGUCUCCAGCUGCAAGGAAGUGAACGCGAGGCUGGACUGGCCUCUACAGCAAAUGAAGCCAGCGGACAUCCAGAGGCUGCACACCAUCUUCAGCCCUGUUGCAGUCAGGCACUAGUUGAUAAACAUAGAAGAAGAGCUUCACAUGUAAGUCGAAUUAGGGGGUUAUUUCUUGAAGAUCACAUAUUUCGUUUGUCAUUGUUAUUAGCACCCAAAAUGGUCACCCAAGCAAUUAUGGAAGGAGGACUGUCCAAUACUGCCAACCCUGCUGGAGACAGUGAACAAUCUGAGCUUCUGGCGCUAUCAGUCUGCGCUGAUGAGGAAUGCCUUCGCAGUCCAGAUUCCACAGCCAACAUUCUUCCCUCAGACUCCGUUAGUGGGAAUCUUCUGUCUGGAACAGUUAACGAAACCUACGAAGGGAGCAUCAAAGAUGGUUCUGUUGAUCUUGAUGAUAAGGACCAUAGUGACAUUAUUUUAACUAUGGGUGAGGAAGGAUCUGGCAAGAAGGAUGAACUGCCACCCACCGAAUCACUCCGAGCUAUGGUUUUCCAAGUAUUUAUUCCAUUUCUUAUUGCUGGGUGUGGUACAGUUGCAGCAGGAAUUGUAUUGGACAUUGUAAAGACAUGGCCUGUGUUUGAAAAUGUCACCCAGCUGUUUAUUCUUGUACCAGCUUUAUUAGGAUUAAAAGGAAAUUUGGAAAUGACUUUGGCUGCACGAAUCUCUACUCAGGCAAAUUUAGGCCAACUGGACAGCCUUAGAGAGCAGUGGAAGAUGACUUAUGGCAAUAUGGCUCUCGUUCAAUGUCAGGCAACCAUUGUGGCAUUUCUGGCUUCCAUAUUUGCUGUUGUAGUUGAUGUGGUUCAAGAGCAUACCUUUGAUAUCCACCAUGCUUUGUUACUUUGUGCUAGCAGUUUAAUCACCGCUGUCAUUGCAAGUUUAGUUUUAGGUUUCAUCACUAUUGGUGUUGUACUUUCUUCUCGUAAAUUGCAUAUUAAUCCUGACAACGUUGCUACACCUAUUGCAGCAUCUUUAGGCGAUGUUACAACUUUAGGCCUCUUAGCUUCUAUUAGCAGUGGCCUCUAUGGAAUCGUUAUGACAGACAAUUGGGUGGCACCCUUCCUAGUAAUAUUCUUUUUACUUCUAAUCCCUGUUUGGGUGGUUAUUGCCAAAAGAAAUAAAUUUACUAAACAGGUUUUGUAUACUGGUUGGCUACCUGUUAUUAGUGCUGUGUUCAUUUCAAGUGCUGGAGGCUGUGUUCUUGAUUUAGCAAUUGCAAAAUUUAAAGGAAUUGCAGUUUUUCAACCUGUUAUUAAUGGUGUUGGUGGGAAUCUUGUUGCCGUUCAAGCUAGUCGUAUCUCCACUUUUCUUCAUCAAAGAUCUGAGAUGGGGACACUACCCAAUUCUGAUCCCAAAGUUUGCGUCAAUCCUUUUACUGCAUUUUUUGGAAAAGGUGCUCAUGCUCGAUCUGCAAGGGUUCUUCUAGCCAUGGCACUUCCUGGUCAUAUGAUAUUCACAUACUUAAUUUGGUUGCUAAAUACAGGUGGCACUACUUUUACUUAUGCUUUUCUGGUGGUGUAUUUAACUGCUGCCUUAAUUCAGGUAUUUCUUUUGCUCUACUUUGCAUAUUGCAUGAUUCAGUGGAUGUGGAGGCGAAAAAUUGAUCCUGAUAACUCUGCAAUCCCAUAUCUGACAGCGCUGGGUGAUCUUCUGGGAACAUCAUUACUUGCAUUAGCAUUCCUUUUUCUCUCUAAUAUUGGAAGUCAUGAUCCAGUUCUUGAAGGAGAGUAAAUAGACCACUGGCAUUUCAUUUAAGAAUCUCGGCCAUCUAUAACAUUUAUACUGGGGAUUUAAAAAAAUGAUUCAGAAUGUUUUGGAAAAUUCAUCAAAACUGCAUUUUUACCUUUGGAAAGAUUGUAAUCAAAAUGAUUAUAUGUUUUAAAAUUUUUGGCAAGUAUAUGGUUAAUGCAAAAGCUUUCUUUUUUGCAGAUGUAAAUUUUUUUCAAUGGUAAAAAAGAAUGCUGUGAUUUGAAUUAUAUGAAAAUAUUGGAAAAUCUAUGUAUUAAGUAUUAGUAAAUGUAAUGUACUUAUAAUGGAAAAGCAUAAAAUGUUUCGAUAUUCAAAAUUAAGAUUAUUGAAAAUAUUAUUGAAGUGUUUAUUUCUACUAUAAAAAUGAUUUUUUUAAUUAAAUCUGUUAUAAACUUUUCAAAAUAAGUAAAAAUAAUUAUUUUUAAAAAUUUUAAAUGUAUUCAAAUUGUACCUUCUUGGAAGCUCUUUUUCUAUUAAUAAUUAAAUGUUAGUGAUCAUUAGCUUAUAUAAAUGAAUGUUGUAGUUAAGUAUUUGCAAAUAUGUUAUAGUAUUAACUUUUUUCAUCUGUACUUAUGAAAUGAUUUAAAUGCAGAAUUAGAAUGAUCUUUUUUUAAUAAUAUGGCACAUUUUUUUUUGUACUAUUUGAUGCAUUUUAUUUAUUCUAUAUAUUUUAAGUUUUAGUUUUUAUUUUAUUUAUUUAUGCAUUUGAGGGUACUUAAAAUAUCAUCAAAUUAAAAGAAUCUCAAAGUGUCGGAAUAUUUUCUGUGCCUAGUUUAAAAGUGCAUAGUUCUUCGGUGCCUUAUGGGUUUAUAUACAAAAUUUAACAUAAUUUUAAAACAUUGAAAACUAAACUUUUAAUGGUUGUGUUUUCUGUGAAAUGCUGAUAAGGAAUCGUAAUUUCUAUUUAGCUUUAAUAUAUUUAUUAAAUCUACUUGGAAAUAGACUAGACAUCAAAACUUGGAAAAGUUUUUGAAUACAUACUUUGAAGAAUAUUGAAAAUUUAAUGUGUUUAACCACAAAAAUGUUGAUUUCAUUACUUAAUCUGAAAGGCUAUUCAUCUUUUUUACUUAAUUUUUUUGUAAGCAAAUUAUAUGACUUAAAAGUACAGUUUCAUCUAAUGCUUUUAUGAAAAAUACAUAUCUGUUUCUAUAUUGUGUCUAAAAGCUACAAAAAAAGAUGAAUUAUUGAUUCAUAUUUAUGAAUAAAACAAUGUUUGAUCACAUUAGUACAAUACAUAAUUAGUGGUUGAGAUUUAUUUUAAUUGCAUAGAAAAUCUUUAAAUGAAUCUUGCAUUGAAAGAGGUUUGUCUCAUUAUUUUUGCAUUUUUGAUUUUAAACUGUACAAUGUGUUUAAUAUUUUUAAUAUCGUGUAAUAAACAAGUUUUUGUGGCAAAAAUAUUCGAAAAAUAUUAAUUUGUUUUAGUAAUUGUGAUUAAGUACCUUUUCAACAUUAAUAUUUUCCAAAAAGGAAUUGAUUCACAUGAAAAACAAAAUUGCUGUUUUCAGUAACGGAGAAAUGAAGAAUUUCUUUUUUUAUCUGUGAAAAACACAUGCUUAGUUUUUUUUGUAUGUACAUCACAUUUUUUUAUAUUAUUUCCUCUUCUUUAAUAAACACUUUAUGCCACAUUUCUCGCAUCUUUCAAAAUGAAAUAUUUGAGAUAUAAAAGUAAUAUUAAUAUUUUUAAUUUUUUUUCUGAUAUAUGAAUAAAAUGUAUUUAUUUUCAGUCUGUAAUUAUCUUUAAAUAAGAAUAUUAAAAAAAUACUUUCUAAUGUUCCUGAUACUAUCACUUGAAAUUUAAUGAAAUUGAAUGAGUACCAAAUUGUUUUCAUACAUGAUUUAUAAUUUUUUUAAUUAUUUUUCUUGCAUUUUACGUAAGAUUUCGUACCCUGAUUAUGUGUUCAUAUUAAUUUAGAAAAAUCUUUAACUUUGAAAAGGGUCCCUCUAGUCAAAGUACUCAACUUAAUUUGAAGAAUUUUCUUUAUUUUUAAUAUUGCUAAAUUUUGCUUUGAAUAAUUUAGAUAUCACUUUUAAUAAUAGGAUGUUCUGUUACUCUGUUGAAUAAUUUUUUUUUUAAAGUUCGGUAAUCAGUUUUGAAUUUUAUUAAUUCUGUAAUUUUUUUUAUUUUUUUUUUAGAAAUCCUACCAUUUCUCCACACUCUCAAUGUUAAACUAGUUUGAUGUAUAUGUUUGUAGACUAUAGUUGAUUGAUGUUAUUGUUUAUACAAAAAGAAAAUCUAAGCAUUAUAAAAUUGUAAAGAGUUAUUUACAUUUUACUAUCCAUUUAAUUUCUUUCAUGAAUUUUCAUCUUAAAAAUUAGUUUGACCUUUUGCACAAAUCCAGUUUUCAUACCAGCAUCAUUCUUUCUUUUUUAAUACAAGAAAGGAAGGAAACUUGUUCAGUGAUUAAAAAUGUUCUUACAUUCUUUUAUAUAUAUAUUUAAAUUAUGUAUUUUGUGCAAGUUAAAUGUUGCUUUUAAUACUUAUUUAGCAAGCACAAGUUUGUUUUUAAUUUUUAAUAAAUUUUUGAAUUGUAAUUAUUUUUCACAGUAUUAAUAAAUGUGAUAUGAUUGCUUGUGCAUAAGGUAUAUAUUAAUUAUGGGAUGUUUUGGAUUUUACUUUUUUAUAUGAAUUAUUAGAUAUUUCUUGUGUCUUUAGUAUUUUAACUUCAAUUUAACCAAUGAAUCAGGAAGGCCGAUAAAGCUAAAGUUUUAUUUAAACUUUGUUCUAUAAUAUUAUACUUUAAAGUACUUUAGAUAUAAAUAAAAUUUGUCAUCGAAAUGUUGUAUAUUGUACAGUAACAUUAUUGAAAACUGAACCAUUUUAAUACAAUGUGAAUAAUGUUAUAGUAUAAAACAUUAUUAAAUCUAAUAGUUUUCGUUCAAGGUUUUAGAUUUUAAGUCUUGCAUUUACGCAUUUACAUCUUUUAAGUCUUAAAAAAUUAGUUUUGUUUUAAUAAUUUAUGCUAAUAGAAAAUGUAAUAUAUUGUUAGUAGUCCUGCUUGAAAGCUAUAUUUGUUAUGUUGUAUGUUAUUUUAAUGCAAAGUUCAGCUAACAUUAUUAAUAUGAAAUUCAUCUUUUUAAAUAUUGUAUUUAAAUAUUGGUAUCUGGAUGAUGGACCAAUUUAAUGUGUUAAAUAAGUUUCAAGCAGGAUUAUUAAAAGCAAACUGUGCAAGAAUAAAUUUGAAAACUAAAAGUUAAAGUUAAAAUUUGAAAUUGAAGAAAAGCAAUGAGAUUUUUUUUUUCUAUAAAUAUAAGAAAAUAAUGUUAGAUAAAUGAAUUCAAACAAGAAAGCAAAGCAGCAUAAAUUUUAUUUUUAGAAUUGCUUCUUGGUUACUAUUUAUAUAUUAGCACAAAUUAAAAUUGCGAAUGAACUCUAAAUUUAUUAUUAGAGUUAUAUAUUUCUGUGCAAAAAAAUAGAGUAUCGACUUCCCAGGUUGGAUUUCUUAAUAAGUGUCAUCUGCUGAAGAGAUUAAAUGAAUCAGUUUUAUUUUAAAUCAAAGUAUAAUGAUAAGCAAAUGCUGUCCAUUUAAAAAAAAUUUUAUAUUUAUGAUUGUGUAAAGAUCUGUUAUAUUAUUGUGGUAUUUGUUAUGAUAUUUAUUACUUAAUCAUAAAUAAUUUUGUUGCAAAUAAAGACUGAAUCAGUAUUAUUAGCUUUCACAAUCAAGAAUUAUAGAAAUAAUUGAUUUUUGAUUAAUCUAUAUUUGUGAAUUUCUUUUAACCUACUAAAGAUUACAAUUGAAGUUUAAUAUGAAAAAUUGGAGAUAAAAAUUGUGUAGAAGUCAACUUAUUAAUAUUUUAUCAUUGGCUUUUCUUUCUUUCAUUUUUUUUUUUCACAAGUUGUGAUGUGAAGCUAGUCAACUGAAAUUGUACUUGCAUUAAUUGUGUCAGAAGUAAAUUUGUGAUAGUUGCACAAUCAUGUGAGGUUAGUUUUACCAUUUACCAUGUCUUGUGUAAAAUGAAAAAUAUUAAAAAAAGGAAACUGUUGUAGCCAUGAUAUCCGGAAAUGGAUGUAUUGUGAUAUUAAAAUGUUAGUACACUUCA